GCGAACUCAAUGUUCUCAGUUCCGGGCUUACAGAACGGUGCGUUCACCCCAAAUAUCUUUCCAAGGAUCAUGUUAUGAUGCUAGACAAGCCAAAUAUCUCCAUGUAUGUGCCCUGCUUUCGGGGCAGAUUCAAUGAUCAUGAUCCGAAGAGCAAUGACUGUAUUAGCGUGAGAUGUGAAAUGGCCGCGCCCAGCUCAAAGGACCUCGAGUCAGAGUUGACGUUCGAGGAACUGCUCGAUUUAAGGGCGCGUCAGAUCGGAGCCUUAGAGGACAGGAUUGAAGGAGCAGCGAGUAAGGUGGCAUAUAACCGAGCACAGGAUAAGUGCAGGUGGGACAAGAUGGCAAGAGUGAGGAAGGAGCCACUCAAAGUGGGAGACACGGUGCUGUUGAUGGAGACAAGAGAGGAGCUGCCGGCUAAGAGGCGUCAGGAGAGGAGGGAGUCAGAGGUGCCCGAGGCUCCUCCUCAGUCUAUUCAGAGACCAGAGGAUCAGGCUAUGGCUGAAACAGGACCAGAGACAACCUAUGAGCUGACAGGACAGAUGAUGGAUGAGGACCAGGCUGCCAGACAGAAGGAAUUGGACAGACAAGAAAGGGCCGCCAGGGAACAGGAGAUCAGAGCAGAAGUCAGGAGGAAGAACCUGGAGGAACUCCACAGGAAAGAGGAUAAGGGAGAGCGGUCAGUGGACUUGAAAGACAGACUGGGAAAGAGUGUGAGCAGACAACAGGAAGAAGACCCUCCUCUACUCUCUGAAGCGUGGAAGAACUUUGAUAGGUUGAUGAGAGCUGCGAGAGGACCAGAGGGACCUCAACAAGAGAUGAGGGUGAAGUUGGUCUUCGCAGACUUGCUCACGUUGAAGGGAGUAAUGAAGGAAGGAUUUGCAGCCGCACGACCAUCAGAUCAGAAGAUUGGAGAGAGGUUGACCAAGGUGGUACAUAAGGCCUAUGGUAAGAGGUUGGAAUGGAAGCAGGAGGCUAAGGAUCUGAAAGAGAACCAGGAGAGACUGGAUCGCGAGUUGGACGCAAUGAAGGUGGAGCUGGAAAAAGUAUGGGUUGGCAAUGAGGCGAUCAGGCAGGUGAACCAGACCCUCGACAAGGUGAACGAGGCUCUGAGGGCCUACCUGCAGGCUCAACAGGCUUCCUUCCAGGCAAAGGAGGUAAAGUGGGAGAAGAGAAUUAAGGAGCUGGAAGCGAAGCUCGAGCAGAGGGCACCCACAACUUUGGUGGAUUGGACUGAGGUCCAAGGAUUUGAAAUGAAGAGGCCACCUGCAGAGGAAGCCUUCAAAAGUCAAAAGGAGGAAGAAAAGGUUGAUCUACAGGGAGGAGAAGAUGUGCCUCUGUUGGAUAAAGAGAUGCUGCAACCUCAGGACAUGCACAUGGAAGGGAAAGCCAAGAGUGAAGAGUCUGAGUGGCAGAUGCCUUCCACCGUGGCACUCCAGCAGGCUCGCAAGGGGCUGGAUGUGACACAGCAGGCAGAGAUGGUGAGAGAUGAGGGGGCCAUGCACUCGCGCGCCUCUUAUACGCGGUACCUAUCUGAGUGUUGUCGUAUAUAGUUAUGGGUUAGAUACUGAAGGGACUAAGAGUUGUUGUGUUGUGGCGUUGUUUGUGGUGUUUGUUUCGCGUGGGGCUCCAGGUGUU